AUGCUCCCCUUCGCCUCCUGCCUCCCCGGGUCUCUACUGCUCUGGGCGCUGCUGCUGUUGCUCUUGGGAGCAGCGUCUCCCCAGGAUUCCGAGGAGCCCGACAGCUACACGGAAUGCACAGAUGGCUAUGAGUGGGACCCUGACAGCCAGCACUGCAGGGAUGUCAAUGAGUGCCUGACCAUUCCUGAGGCCUGCAAGGGGGAAAUGAAAUGUAUCAACCAUUACGGGGGCUACUUGUGCCUGCCCCGCUCGGCUGCUGUCAUCAAUGACCUACAUGGAGAGGGGCCCCCACCGCCCGUGCCCCCUGCCGAGCACCCCCACCCCUGCCUCCCGGGCUAUGAGCCCGACGAGCAAGAGAGCUGCGUGGACGUGGACGAGUGUGCCCAGGCCCUGCACGACUGCCGCCCCAGCCAGGAGUGCCAUAACCUGCCUGGCUCCUACCAGUGUACCUGUCCCGACGGCUAUCGCAAGAUUGGGCCCGAGUGUGUGGAUAUAGACGAGUGUCGGUACCGCUACUGCCAGCACCGCUGCGUGAACUUGCCUGGCUCCUUUCGCUGCCAGUGUGAGCCGGGCUUCCAGCUGGGGCCCAACAACCGCUCCUGUGUGGAUGUGAACGAAUGUGACAUGGGGGCUCCGUGUGAGCAGCGCUGCUUCAACUCCUAUGGGACCUUCCUGUGUCGCUGCCACCAGGGCUAUGAGCUGCACCGGGACGGCUUCUCCUGCAGUGAUAUCGAUGAGUGCAGCUACUCCAGUUACCUCUGCCAGUACCGCUGUGUCAACGAGCCAGGCCGCUUCUCCUGCCACUGUCCACAGGGCUACCAGCUGCUGGCCACGCGCCUGUGCCAAGACAUUGACGAGUGUGAGUCGGGUGUGCACCAGUGCUCUGAGGCCCAGACUUGUGUCAACUUCCAUGGGGGCUACCGCUGUGUGGACACCAACCGCUGCGUGGAGCCUUACGUCCAGGUGUCCGACAAUCGCUGUCUCUGUCCGGCCUCCAACCCCCUGUGCCGGGAGCAGCCCUCAUCCAUCGUGCACCGCUAUAUGAGCAUCACCUCGGAACGGAGCGUACCGGCGGAUGUAUUCCAAAUCCAAGCAACCUCCGUCUACCCUGGUGCCUACAAUGCCUUUCAGAUCCGUGCUGGAAACUCGCAGGGAGACUUCUACAUUAGGCAAAUCAACAAUGUCAGCGCCAUGCUGGUCCUCGCGCGGCCUGUGACAGGCCCCCGGGAGUACGUGCUGGACCUGGAGAUGGUCACCAUGAACUCCCUCAUGAGCUACCGGGCCAGCUCUGUACUGAGACUCACCGUCUUCGUGGGGGCCUACACCUUCUGA